AUCAGCCGAUAUCCUGAUUUGUUGUGGAAGGAAGUGGCCUUACAGAAACAUGUUUUAAUAUCCGAUCGAGAAAAAUAAACGUAAAUAUUAAAGUGAGAUAGGUUAGUGUUUGAGGCCAAACUAAAUAAUUAUUUAAUAGCACGUUAUUGGAAUUACCAAACCGCUUCACAUUUGUUUGGAGGAAAUGCCAGGUGUUCUGUAGUGUUGUGCUUUACCAAACAGGCCGUAGUACAAACAAGCAGCAGAGAUGACUGAGAAUUUCGACCGAGCCCCAGGCGCAGGUAGAGCCCGUAUAAAGCCAACAAGCCCCGGACUCGCAGAUGUAGGAGACGGGGACGCAAACUCUGUUUUCAACCAGCGUGAGCCUCUACGACAGCCUCGGACGUCUCCACCUUUGACUGAGAACAACACAAACACUAGUGAGGCUAUCGGCGGAGAAAGCAGAAGACCAAGCAAACCCCACCAAGUUAUUCACAACAACAGCACUCCUGCCUCCAAAGUGAAAAGGGUGGACUCUCUGGUGAACACCUCCAUUCUGUCAGCCAACGCACCCGAGUUCUACCCUUCCAGCUCCCCCCCCUAUGAGGAAUCUGUUUCGGAAGAUGGCAGCGAUGGCUAUUAUACUGAGACAACAUUGGCUGAAUUGGUUGAGGAGUUUCUCAGCCACCUAAACUCCUCGCCGGGGUCCUUUGAGAACGACAUUGAGCACAUAGCAAACAUGCUGAACAGCUGGGUCACUACAGAGGAGACGCUGCAGGAAUUGGUGGAACUCCUCUACACACAAUCUACUGUUAUCCCCAAUUUCUCUUACACGGGGGCAAGGCUAUGUAACUUUCUGUCUCACAACCUUGCACUCAGCCCAGCAAGUGGCAACUUCCGUCAGCUGUUACUAAAACGGUGUCAGACAGAGUAUGAACAGAGGGGUGUAGCGGUGCGGGGGGACGCGGAGACUCAGAAGAAGUUCCAUGCCUAUGUGCUCUUCCUGGGGGAGCUUUACCUCAGACUGGAGCUUAAGAGUGCGAAAGGGCCUCCAUCUCGAGCUGAGAUCCUGCUUACUGCCCUGAGGGAAUUGAUGAAUGCCCUCUUCUCCAACCCCGUGGAUGGAAACCUCAUCUGUGCUGUCCAACUGCUCAAGUUGACAGGCUCGGUUUUGGAGGAUACGUGGAAAGAGAGCGGGAAGUCUGACAUGGACCAGAUAGUCCAGAGGAUUGAGAACAUUGUGCUGGAUGCCCAGUGCAGCAGAGAUGUGAAGCAGAUGUUAUUGCGGCUGGUGGAGCUGAGGUCUAGCAACUGGGGCAGAGUCCAUGCUGCUGCUGCUGCCGACGCUACACCUGACAACGACCCCAACUACUUCAUGAAUGAGCCUACGUUCUACACUGCAGAUGGCACUCCCUUUACAGCAGCCGACCCUGAAUAUUCUGAAAAAUACCAGGAGAUCCUGGAUCGGGAAGAUGACUAUUUCCCAGAGGCCUAUGAAGAGAAUGGAAAUGAAUCAUCAUUCAAUGACGAGGAUGAGAUGGACCCUGAGAUCGAGGAAGCUUUUGAGAAGUUCUGCUUAGAGUCUGAGAGAAAAAGACGACCAUGACACUAGUAUGAGAGCAUAGCGGGAGACUGAACUUACACAUGUUUCGUGUUCGACUUGCUGGAGUGUUUGCGACUGGGGAAAAAUCAAAGAUAACCAGCAAUUGAUAUGUUUAAAAAAAAUUAAAAAAAAUCGCAAAAUAAACUGUGCAUAGUUUGCACUUCAGUUACAGGUUAUUUUCUGGCUGGAAUUUGUGUUGGUUGGAAGAUUGGGGACAAUCAAUUGAAUCAUUAUUUCCUCUGAGUUGUAGCGACUGUUCUGAGUGGGGGAGUUCGUUUUCUGCUUCUUUUGAUUAUUUCAUAAAUGCUACUUUCCCUCAAUCUUCCUCAUAACGCCGUUGGAAAAAAAGUGUGUGAGGUGGAUUUUAGACUACUAAGUAGCUCAACAACAGAGUAGCAUUAUCAAAUGUGUGCGUAGUUUGAUUUCAUACUAACUGUAUAAGCAACAACAGAAUAUGGGGUUCAGCUACAGGGAGUAGUGCAGGGGAGGCAACACUCAGAACAUUUACAAUACAGGGCUUUUUCGGAAGAAGAAAAAAAAUAUGCUUAGACAGGCCACCAAGUAUAAAAAUAAAUAACGUUUUCAGGAAAUUAGCUUUAAAACUGAAAAAAAAUGUUAUCUCCGCUCCAUGGAGAAGUCUGCAGAAUUGCAGGAAAUUGGAUAAAUAUGUUUUUUUUUUUACAAUACAUACCGCCAAGAUGAGCCCGACGGGCCAACCGUGCUCAUUGCCAUGCUUCCUGCCACACCAUCACCUAAGCCCCUUUUUUGAUCUAGAAAAAAACCCUUGCAAUAGAAAUGUGAUGUAUAGAACGAACACUGGAAUGCGUACAAUUUUGCUACAUGGGGCUUAUAAAUACAGUAUUCAAGAGAAUUGUCUGUUCUAUAUGGUACUUCUCUGUUUUCAGUGUUCUGAAUGUUGCACCCUACUGACCUCCAGGGAAAUUGUGUUAAAUUGCACAUUGAGGAUUUGGCCAAUUAGUUGGUCAACCACCCUUUAACAAGCUAUGCAUUUAAGGAGGUGGGUUUGUGAAACUAAUAAAAGAGCUAGAAAUACUUAAUACCGUCAAGUGGCAGCAAACUGUCUGCAAAAGAGAGCUCCAGUUGUUUCCACUUUAGGGGUGUUUUUGUUCUUUUACUGGUUCAAAUGAGCCUUUUUAGAAUUGUAAUUUAUUGGAAAAUUGUUGAGGAGUACAGUACUGGGGUUUAUUCAUUACGGAAACUGUUUUAAGAACCAAACGGAGCAAAACAAGUUUAUUUUGGACAGGUCCCUCCUGUUCCAUUUGCUUUAGUUUAAGAAAUGUUUUGCAACAGAAUUGGCGGAAUGAAUACACCCCUGGCUCUGGUAUCGUUUUUAAUCCAAUUUGUCUAUUGAACACGGCUUUAAACCUUUUGUAGUCCUGCAGUUUGGACCUGUCAUUGAGGAACACCACUAAAACAGUAAUCUCUCAAAGGAUGUACCUGCAAGUUCAAAUUUUUCUUCAUCAGCAAUUAAUCAAUCCCAUACAAAGGAAUGUUUGUACAUAUUAACAGUAUUGUUUGCCUGCAAUAAAUUAUUUAAAGUAUGA